CAAAGCGCCAGGGACCAGCGCAAGCUGAGCUUCUACCCGUUUCCACUUCAUGAUAAAGAGAGACUUGAGAAAUGGUUGCGGAAUAUGAAACGAGAUGCGUGGACUCCGAGUAAGCACCAGCUUCUGUGCAGUGAUCAUUUUACUCCUGAUUCCCUUGAUGUGCGAUGGGGUAUACGGUACUUGAAACACAAUGCUGUACCAACAAUUUUCUCUUCCCCAGAUGAUGAGGAAAAAGACUCUUCUCAGAACACCCCACAAGAGAUAAAGAGGGAAGACCUGGAAGAAACAAAUAGAAAUGUAGAGUCAAAGAAGGCAUCUGUAUCACUUGAACCUUGUACACCAAAGAAAAAUCCUGUAAUUGCAGAAAAUGUAGAUGAAAAAGCAGAAGUAGUUUGCUCAGCUGCGUUGAGUAAACCUUUACAAAUUCAAAACCUACAACUUCAAAGCGGAGAAGGCUUCCCAGCAGACUGUGUCAUUCUUGAUAAUUCAUCUAAGCAGCAUAUACAUCAACCUAAUCCUGUUUUAAUGGCAGCAGCAGUCCAGAGCAUGGAAGGUACCGUUGUUCCUACUUCUGUAGAGGAUCCAGUCGGUUGUACAGCUACAGUCUUGCAAUUCACAGACUCUGACUACUUGAAUUCAUCUCUGAAACUGAACGAUGCUUUAGGGUCAAUUACUGACUAUGCAAUUGAAAAUCCUAACUCUCACAUUGUAGGCUGUUCUGUUGAAGUACAGCCAACAAGUGAAAAUGCAGUUUUACUGAGUACAGUCACACAAACUAUUGAACAGUUCAGCGGAAGUGAAGAAUCUGUCAUUGCUAUUAUUGUGCCAGCCGAGAGUCCAGAAGAGCCUGAAAUAGUAAGUAGUUCUUUCCUGCCUGUUAAGCAAGAGUUUCUUGACACAGAGGAGACAGAAACAGAUGCACCUGUGUAUAUGAAUGCUUAUGGUGGAAGUGAAGUAUUACAAACUGAGCAUUCGUACUGCAAACAAGACAUAGACAGAGAUCACCUUUGGCAAAAAAUUUCAAAGCUCUACUCUAAGAUAACUCUACUUGAAAUGCAGGAAAUAAAAACUUUGGGGAGACUUAGGUCCUUGGAAGCUCUUAUUGGACAACUGAAGCAAGAAAACCUGCUUUCUGAAGAAAAACUGAAGAUUGUAGAAAACUGCUUUACAACACUUGAAGUGACUAUGAUACAGUAAAGGCUCUCAAUGAUUGUUCUAAAAUUUUAGCCUCUUUGACUGUCCUUUUGGACAAAUUAACUUUUGUUUCAGUCAUGGUAUUUUAAAUCUAAUGCAAAUUGUGUGAAUAGCAAAUAUUCUGUAAAAUGUUACAUCAACCACUACCAAAGCUAAGUGGUAGAAUAUUGCCUAUAAAACAUGACUUGCAAGUAAGCU